UUUUCCUCAGCGCGAAGAUCGCUCAGUCAUCUUCGAAUCGUUGCUGGGUGAGUUUCUCGAUGUGGGAUUUCCCAAUUUCGGUGAAAAGGUGUCAACUUUUGGGUCAAUAUACUUUAGUCUAAGGAGUGAUUAGAAACAGUUCAACCUGGAUCCAACACAUGCCAAUUGCAUCGGAAGAGAUCCACAUGGCCCGCUAGGUUGAAGUGAAAAGACACCGGUGGUGCAUAAAAGCGUGUCACGAUCGGCUCCUACCUUCCUAGAAGAGGUGUCCGCCAUCUUUGUGUCGAUCGUGUGGAGUGAAAUCUGUGAUAAUCUUACAACGCAACACGGCAACGUGAGGAAUUUCACGAAUCUCGGUGUAUGUCGUCGGAAAACUUAGCAGCAAAACAUUUGGGAACACAAAAAAAGUACAUUCGAACAAACAUACCACAUUGCAUUGUUUGUAGGUGGACGUUUAAAAUUGCGAACCUAUCCCAGUCGGAUGGGAUACCAUCAUUUGCAGAUUCAAGCAAUUACACAGUCAUAAAUUCGAACAUUCAGAACGGGAAAGGUGAAGUAAUACCUACUGCAACGGCGAAGGGAACGGCUAGAACAUCGGUGAACAGCCAGCGCAAAGAUCAACUUCACUUAGACCAUUUUGGCUAAAAAUAGUGAACGGAUAUUUUUAGUUUAACAACACUCACUCAUACGGGCGUUUGGAAGAGACGCGUGCUCCGAAUAAUCUAGUCAGCGGGGAGCGCAACCAAAAGUGUGUAAAGAAUAACACAUUGGAUUGGGAAAACGCUCGGUUCGGGAAAUGAGCGGCCUGCUGCGAUCCUUGCUUUAGGCGAGAACAAGGUGUGCUGCGGGUGCUGCGGCGAUCGCAGAUCAUUUCGGGUAUCAAAUUUAAGCCAGCGAAAAAUUGUUGUUUAAAAGUACCCGCCUCGCACUGAAAGCCGAAAUAGUAUUAACUACGCUAAAAUAAAACAAAUAGAAAAUCGGUGCGAGAUUCACCCGCAAAAGUGCCCAUGUAAAUGCCAGCGAAGUGGAAAACAAACCAAAAGGAAAAACAACGACCAAAAUUGUGUCGCGUUGAUGAAAGUAACGAAAAUAAAACACACCGCACCGAUCGGAGUCCGUCGCGCCGUGUCGGGAGUAUCCGGAAGACAGUUCGAGUAAAUCUUAGAACGACAGAAUUUUUCGGUGAAGCAUUUGGCCUCUACCGGGAGUACUAAAUUUUGUUCGAGUGUCAACGUUGUGGAUGUGUCUUACAUUACUUAUGGACUGUGGAAUUUUCAAAAGCUGAAACGUGGUCUCGUGGCGAAGAAGCACCGUACUGGACGCGUGUUAGUGAAUGUUUGACGGUUAAGGCGAUUGCUGGAAUUUCUAAGUGAUUAUGGGUUUGGAAAGUGUUCAAACGAGGCAGAACGGUGCCAACGGAUUGUAUUCCUCGUCACUGCAGUGGUACUAUCUGCCAAACGGGGAUCAUUCGAGUGAUUCCAUACAACCAAACUCGAAACUGUUACAAACACUCUGGAGUCCUUUUCCCACAUCACAAAGCUAUUCCAACGGAACCGACGAAUCCAACUCACCACUAGCAGGUAGCCUCAACGAUCUGUGCGACCAGUUCACCGAUUUGAACCUUUUUGGUCUUGGCCAAAAUCAAAACUUCUCAUGUCAGCAGCUGGGCAGUCCCACUGGUAGAUGCAAUGGUUAUACGAAUGGAUUGGACUGUUUGUCAGGAUAUGGCGGAAGGGAUGGAAUGCGUGGAGUUGAUUGCAAUGUCGAGGGAAAUCGGCUGAAUGGAAUGAUCAGGAAUGGAAAUGUAAACUACUCAGACGGAUGUGGUUCGAUAGGUCAUCCACAUCAUUUACAACAGCAGCAUCAUCAUCAUCAACAGCAGCAGCAGCAUUCUUUGCUUUCCAUGAACAGUCAACAUAACCAGAAAUAUAGCAAAAUCCCGCCAGCUAACUAUCUUUGCCAUUUAUGUUUCAAGAAGGGUCACUACAUAAGAGAUUGCCCCCAGGCUCGCCCGAAAGCCGAGGGCAAAACUCCAUAUCAAGGAAAGAAGCGAUGCUUUGGCGAGUACAAGUGUCCAAAGUGCAAACGAAAGUGGAUGUCCGGUAACUCGUGGGCGAACCACGGCCAGGAAUGCAUCAAGUGCCACAUCAAUGUCUAUCCGCACAAGCAGAACUCCCAUUCUUUGCAGCGUCCCCUCGAAAAACCGGACGGCUUGGACGUGUCUGACCAGUCCAAGGUUCACCCGCAGUUACUGUGCGAAAAAUGCAAGACGCUCGGUUAUUACUGCCGAAGAAUCCAGUAGCAGCGGGAAGGAUUUAUCGACGUUUGCUAUAGUGUGAACGAAUGGGUUUAUUAGCGUUAUGCCCGAUGUGCCAGUUUUAAAAGCGCCUAAGUGUUGUGUUAAACCUAGUUCUGUUUAGAGCAUCAUUCUCAUAUCUUCCAAGAGUCAUUUAAUCGAAACCAGUUAUUUUUUUUGUUCGAAAACAUUGAAUUCCGCAACAAGGAGUUGUUGAAAAGUUGCCUUAUUUGUGUAUGUAACGAUCGAAUAUAUCUGAUACUAAAAACGCUCAGCUGCCAGUUGAAAGGAACUAAUUUGUAUAUAAUAAUGUUCUAUCAUGUUUAAAUUUUUGCACCCAUCUGGUGAUUUUGUCGAAGCAUUAUUAACGUAUCUACGUAUUGGUAGAAGAUGAUUUUAUAGCAAAACUGAGCGAAUCGAGAUUAAAGUGCCAAAAAUGGUUACCGUACUAAAAUACUUAAACUAUGAUACCAUGUGCCAACCAACCUGAUUGCGAACCAAUAAAUUACGAAUGUUUUAUCCGAA